AUGUCGGCGGCGCCGAAGGGGCCGGACGAGGCGGACGAGGGCCAGUGCGACUCGGGCAUCGAGUCCCUGCGCUCCCUGCCCAAGGAAGACCCCGACGGGGAGCGCGCGGACUCCUCCUACGGCUCGUCCUCGCUCACGGAGCCCCCCUGGCCUUGGCCCCGGGACCCCGACCCGGAGCCCCCGGCCCCUGACGCCCCAGGGCUCGGCCUGCAGCAGCUGGAAGCGCUCACCUACAUCUCCGAGGAUGGGGACACGUUGGUCCACUUGGCUGUGAUUCAUGAAGCACCAGCCGUGCUGCUCUGUUGCCUGGCUCUGCUGCCUCAGGAGGUCUUGGACAUUCAGAACAACCUCUACCAGACAGCGUUGCAUCUAGCUGUUCAUCUGGACCAGCCGGAUGCAGUUCGGGCUCUGGUGCUGAAGGGGGCCAGCCGGGUGCUCCAGGACCGGCAUGGGGACACAGCCCUGCAUGUGGCCUGCCAGCGCCAGCAUUUGGACUGUGCCCGCUGCCUGCUGGAAGGGCAGCCAGAAGAAGGCAGAGGAUCACUUCACUCUCUAGACCUCCAACUGCAAAACUGGCAAGGUCUGGCCUGUCUCCACAUCGCCACCUUGCAGAGAAACCAGCGGCUCAUGGAACUACUGCUCCAGAAUGGAGCUGAGAUUGAUGCUCAGGAGGGCACCAGUGGGAAGACAGCAUUGCACCUGGCCGUGGAGACCCAGGAGCGGGGUUUGGUGCAGUUCUUGCUCCUGGCUGGUGCCCGAGUGGACGCCCGCAUGCUCAACGGGUGCACGCCCCUGCAUCUCGCUGCUGGCCGAGGCCUGGGGAGCAUCUCCUCCACUCUGUGCGAGGCAGGGGCUGACUCCCUGCUGCGGAACGUGGAGGAUGAGACGCCACAGGACCUGGCAGAAGAUCCCCUAGCUCUUUUACCCUUCGAUGACCUGAAGAUCUCAGGAAAGCCACUGCGGUGUGCAGAUUGAAAACCAAGGCAGGGUCGGUACCCCAGGGGUUCUGCCUUGCUCCUCUGGAAGCUACAGCUUUCCUCCAGGCACGUGACCUUCCAGUGUCCCUGAGACUGCUGAGGACAGAGCCUGCAGACAGCAGGCAUGAGCUAAGAGGACAAACCCAAAAUGAGUGCCCGUCUGAAAAGCAGUCUUCUCCUGACAGCAGAGAGUCUGGGAUGGAGGCCUCCUUUUGCCACCACCAACCCCCAGCCCAGCCCUAGAUGACUUGAAGGAAGUAUGACAGCCUCUCUUGAGGUUGGCCGGGGCUCGUUUCUACCCGUGUUAUUGAGUCAGUUUGGAACUGUCAACCUGUAGGAAAGCAUGGAUGCCCCCCCACAGCCCAUGUAGGGAGAGACUGAAAUAGGAAGGAGCAGGAGCCUGAGGGAGUCCCCCUCACUGCUGAGAACUCUUAUGCAAAGACUUGACACAGAAGCCCCCGAAACGAGCCGUUGGGGAAGAGGAACUUUGAAUGACACGACACUAAAACUGCAGAGACUCUGCAUGCUCCACUCCAGUUGUUUUGCAUAUCUGCAUGUCUGUGUAUUGGGAAAUUUUGUGCGGGCCACCCUGUGACCUGGUGGUGGCAGCAAGGAGAAGGCUGGAUUCGUGUGAAGGGGGUAGAGGAACCCACA